AUCCAAUGACCUCUCCAACCAGAGAUAUUGCAAUCUCUAUCUUCACCACUUUUUUAAAGGGGCUCAAGUGGUAGUUGAUUGCCACUACCAUGAUCUAGAUCUCUUCAUGAUUUAUUCAUCAAUAAAAGCCCUUGUUUGUCUCUGAGAUCUACAUGUCUCUCAAUUAGACAUGGAAAUACAAGGAAAGAUCAACAACAACAACAUAGAAGCUCCAAGUGUUGAUGAACCAGGUCCAGCAAAAGCUGGUCAAAUUCAUGAUGAACAUGUCCUCACUUCUGCUCACACCAUUGGCCAUGAUUCAUGGCAACAAGUAGGUUUGCUGCUAGUAACAGGCUUCAACUGUGGAUACAUAUUGAGCUUUUCGAAUCUCAUGUUGGCGCCUCUGGGUUGGACAUGGGGUAUCAUAUGCUUGUUUGUUGUUGGGUUCUUGGCUGCCUAUGCUAACUGGCUCUUGGCUGGAUUUCACUUCAUCAAUGGCCAAAGAUUCAUCAGAUACAGAGACCUCAUGGGCUUUCUUUAUGGAAGAGAAAUGUUUUAUAUCACAUGGGUUUUCCAAUUCUUGACCCUUCUUCUUGGGAACAUGGGAUUCAUACUUCUUGGAGGGAAAGCACUAAAGGAAAUCAAUGCAGAGUUGAGUGACAAUCCCAUAAGACUCCAAUAUUUCAUCACCAUAACAGGAGUGACCUAUUUCAUGUUCUCAUUUCUGGUUCCGACGAUUUCGGCAAUGAGAAGGUGGUUGGGAGCCUCUACUGUCCUCACCUUCUCUUACAUUGUCAUCCUUUUGGUUGUUUUACUAAAAGAUGGAAAAUCCCAAGAAAACAGAGAUUAUGAGAUCAGAGGAAGCAAAGUGGGCAAAGUAUUCAAUGCAUUUGGUGCAAUUUCAGCUAUCAUAGUUUGCAACACCUCUGGUAUACUAUUGGAGAUACAGUCAACUCUACGCAGUCCUGCAACUGUGAACAUGAGGAAUGCAUUAUAUGUACAAUACACGGUGGGGCUUGCAGUUUAUUAUGGUGUGAGUGUAGCAGGAUAUUGGGCCUAUGGUUCAACGGUAUCAGACUACCUGCCCAAAGAGUUAGGUGGGCCCAAAUGGAUCAAAGUCCUCGUUAACUUAGCAGUCUUUGUCCAAUCUAUAAUCUCCCAACAUAUGUUUGUAGCACCAAUUCACGAGGCACUUGAUACUAAGUUCCUAAAACUUGGUAAGAGCAUGCAUUCAAGAGAAAACAUCAAACGAUUAUUCUACGUGAGAGCACUCCUCUUGUCGGGAAAUACACUGGUGACGGCAACAUUUCCGUUCAUGGGAGAUUUCGUGAACUUGUUUGGAUCAUUCACACUUGUGCCUCUCACCUUCAUGUUCCCAAGCAUGAUCUUCCUUCAGGUUAAGGGAAAGAUGGCGAGAAUAGAGAAAAAAAUGUGGCAUUGGAUAAUCAUUGUCUUGUUUUCUCUCCUUGCUGUAGCAACUACAGUAUCUGCUUUCAGAUCCAUUAUUAACAAUGUUACAGAAUACCAUUUCUUUGCAGAUACAUGACCACAAACAUUGAUUGAAUACAAUGAUAUUACAUGAAACCAUUGAAUGUACUAAGUUUCAGAGUUUCAAGAAUAGUAGCACUUCAAUUUCAAUCUCCGUUAGUGCAAUGAUAAAAGUGAAGAAAUGUUGAAGAUCUGUAUUUUUUUUUUUUUUUUGGGGUUAUGAAACACUCUUUGUGCAGCUAAUUAAUUUCUUAGGCAAACACACUUGAUGUUA